AUGGAAAGUUCGCCCCGGCUGCCCCCCCAACGGCGCCAUGACCUCGCCGUUGUAAAACAACAACUCGUGGUCGUCGUCUCCGUCGCAUCAACACUCUUCGUCCUAUGCCCAGAAUGGCUACAGUUCUACAGAAAUCUCGCCGUCAUUCCGCUUCUAGCUUGGCUCACGGCCAAAGGCUUCGAUCUGGUUAUCAUGCUGAAUGAUAAAUGGGACAAUGCGCCUGCCAUGGUCAAGUACUUUGUUCCUGUCGAAUUUCCCCAGAUCACGCCUCCGUUUGAGAAGAUGCGAAGUUUAGGGAAUAAACAGUUGGCGGUUGCGAGGACCAAAUUUCGGCAUUUGUCUUCAGAGGUUAGGGCUGUGGUUUUGAUGAUGGUGAAUUGGGUCUUGGAGCAGAUUAGUGGCGGUCGACCUGGAGUCGAGUCGCCAGUUUCGGAGGAGAAGAAAGCGAAGCCUGCACCGAAACCAGACGAAUGGGUGGCGGUCUUAGUAACAACACCACUUAUCAACGACGACGCCGGUAUCGAUUUCGGUACAAACACCAUCAUCGAAAUCGGCGAAGUGAUUACCUGGAACCAUACGCAAACAGCAUCUCUUCCAGCCAUUCUCCCACCGUCCACUUUCCAGGUUCAAAUGACACUUUGUCUGGUCCCUAAGGGCAUAUGGAAUUCCCGCAAGACCGUCCUGGAUAAGUUCACAACAGGGCUCUACUGGAGUCACCAGCCAGGGCAACCUGCAUGUCAAGGGGAGCAAUGGGAUGAGGAUAGAAUUCGAAGUAUCUCGAAAGUGCAGUUCAUUGGACACGUCGAAAAGCACAGCAACAUUGACAAGGUCAACAAAUGCUUCGAGUCCCUUCGCGAAGAAUGGAACGAUGUCAACAUUUACUGGAGUGACAUUGACUUUGCCAUAAUUCUCGCCUUCCUCCUCGUCGGCACGUCCUCAACCGAUAUAUGCAAGAAACUCUUCGACCAAUUCUCCAACCUACGAGUGGAAAAGGCCAGCCGGAAUAAAGAACUCAACCGCACGCGCUUGGGUGCUGGUGCAGCCGUCUUGACAUUGUUGACAGGAGGAUUGGCUGCUCCUAUCACGAUACCGAUGAUGAUGGGCGCUGAGAUGACGACGUCGACACAUGAUCGGUAUUUAUGGAGUGAGAGGAUGAGAAUGUGCAAAGAGCUCUUGGGUAGACAUGAAAAAUUGGAGGCCAUCAUUGAGGUUGAAGAGACAAAGGCUCCAAAGGCUAUGGAUCCGAGGGCUAUUGACCCGACACCGUUCUUUUCACCCAAGACUAUGGAGUCGAGCUGGUUUGUUGAUGAUAGUUGGUGA